GUUAAAGACACAAUUAUGGUUGUAUUUAAAAAUAUGGCUAGUCAGCCUCACAAUAUAUAUCCACAUGGAGUGUCAUUACAGAGGUUCUUUAAGGGAUAUGUACCUGAUCUAAAAGGUGAGGAGAUGCUGAAUAAUACAGUCAUGCCUGGUGAAACAGUCACCUACUUCUGGACAGUUCUGGAUAAUGAUGAGCCCACAAAAAAUGAUCCGCAAUGUUUGACGAGAAUAUAUCACAGUACUGUUAACAUAUUGAAGGAUAUGGCAUCUGGGCUGCUUGGAACACUUCUAAUUUGCAAGUCAAUGUCACUAAAUACCAGAGGAUUACAGGAAAAAGCAGACGAAGAGCAGGUUGCAAUGUUUGCAGUGUUUGAUGAGAAUAAAAGCUGGUACUAUGAAGUCAAUAAGCUAAAAGCCUGUAGCUGGAUGCUAACCAAAGACCCCAAAAGUCUCUACAGUUCCUAUGUUAUC